UGCUGGCGCUGGCCUUUCGCACUCCCGGGCGCGUGCCGGGAAGUCCGUCGGAGUAGAAGGAGCCGCGGGGCCGGGCCCCUGCGCGGCCUGCCAUGGGCCCGCGCCGCCGCAGCCGCAAGCCGGAGGCCCCGACGAGGCGCGGCGCGAGUCCGACCCGCAGCCCCCGGAGGCGGGACGUCUCAGGGACCCCUUCUCGGAUCACCCGGCGGCGGCGGCAGUUCGCAUGGCUGAAGGAGAUGCGGAAGCUGCAGAAGAGCACAGACCUGCUGUUGAGGAAGCUGCCCUUUGCCCGCGUGGUCAGAGAAAUCGGCACUAGAUUCACCCGGGGCGUGGACUUCAACUGGCAAGCCCAGGCCCUAUUGGCCCUGCAAGAGGCGGCAGAAGCGUUCCUCGUUCACCUCUUUGAGGAUGCCUAUCUCCUGUCCUUACACGCCGGCCGAGUUACCCUGUUCCCAAAGGAUGUGCAGCUGGCCCGGAGGAUUCGCGGCAUUCAGGAGGGCCUUGGUUGAGGCAGCCUUCCUGCCCCACCCUGGAGAGGAUACCACAGGAGGCAGUCAACAUAGUUCCAGAGGCCUGGCCUUUGUUUGGGGACAAUCUUUGUCCAGGUCAACUUUGGCUUGUGAAUCACACAUCGGAUCAAUUAAGGACUUUGAAGACAUCAGAUUGGCCGUGUAUGGGAGAAGGAUGUUGGCUUGCUUCUUGUUCUGCGCGUUUUCUACCCAUGUAUGUUUGCACUCUGAGAACCUACAGAAAGAAUCAGAACUCGAGUCAGCUGUGUGGAAAACCCAGCCCUUGCAGCAGGCAAGCCUCUGCCUCAUGGAUCCGAAGUUCCGUGUUCAGGUUCCUUCUAGUAAACUUCUUUCCAUUCAAUAGUUCUAACUCGCAGAAUUUAGCAUUUUCUUCUUACUUGUAAAUUAUGAAAGAUGUAUCAUAUCAAUCCGUGAUUUUAAAGUGCUUCAGUGUUUUGAUGAGUGUUUUUAAGCUUAUAGCUUCUUUGCAGAGAUAAUAAAAAUAACUUUAAAGCCAAAUUACUUUUUGCAACGUAGUAGUUAUGUUGUACUUAGUAUAAAUUAAAUCAAAUUCUUCAUUUGGACAC